UUCUGGAAUGUUAGAGCUGGAGAGGAUUUUUGAUAUUCUCUUACUCAUCCCCCUCAUUUUACAAAUGAGACUAGUCCAGAGAGACUAGUCCAGGGUGACAGUAAGUCAGUGGAAGAGCCUGGACCAGACACCAGACCAAGAACCUUUCCCACAUCUGGUGGUUCUUUUGGUCUUCUAGAGGUUCAGAGCUCUUCCCUAAUGGGAAAGCUGAACAGAAAUCCAACAGUACCUCUGUUCAUCUCUCCCUCCUCUUUCCUAGCAGGAGGAAAAUGAUAGAAGUAGGGAGCUGGCCAUCUACCAAGUGAUGGGCCUUGGCCUUUAGUCUAGGGAAGGAAAAAUUGACAUCAGGAGAAACAAAUGAAAAACUGUCUUCUUAUUUUCUCUUAGGGAGAAGAACAGCAGCUUGGGAGAUACUGGAGCUAGGCUUGGGUCUGAGUUUUGACUGAUAAUUCCUAGGUGCAGACAAAUCACUCAAUUAGCAGGAGCAAUUAAGCAGUUUUGUGCUAUGCCCUGGAGGUGCAAGUACAAAGAAUGAAACUAUCCCUAAUGGCAAAGUACUUUUACUUUAAUGUCAUUUUGACCCUCUUUAAGCCUUAACUUUUUCCUGUAAAAUUAGGCUAAUAAUCCUCACAAUAUCUAACUCAUAGGGUUCUUGUUAAUAAAGCAUUGUAGAACAUGCCUUAAUGGUGAUUCCUGGUUGAUGAGCCUGCUGCCUGGGAAAUAGGAGAUGAUUUAUUUGAAUAAAAAGUGUAGAUUGCAUGCUUAUCAGAUGUACAGAUUACAUAAAGCCAGGAGCUAUAGUUAACAUGCUGCAUGAUGGAAUCCAAAAAUAUCUUGACCAGCUAGAAGGCAGGGCUAAUUCUGUUAAGAUGAAAUUUAAUAAGGAUAAAUGGUAGUAUCUUACUCUCAAGUGCAGAAAUCACAAACAAAAAAAGGUGUGGAGAAUAUGGUUAAAUGGCAGUUUGUCUAAAAAAAAAAAAAAAUCCAGAGGUUUUGGUAGACUGAAAAUUCAGGAGGAGUCCAUAGUGUGGGAAGGUAGUCUAAAAAGACUUGGCUGACUUUCAGCUGCAGCGAGAGAAGCAUAGCUUCUCUGAAGAAGGGGGUGGUUAUCCCUUCGUGUUUUGGACAGAAUCCCCAGAGACUACUCUGGGCACCUCAUUGUAGGAGAUACAUUUAUAAAGCUAGAGGGCAGCCAGGAUAAUAGAGGAUCAGCUGAAGGAACUAGGGACGUUUAUGGUGAAGAAGAGUGGACACUGGGGAGACCUAACAACUAACUGUCUUCAGAGCUACUAGAGUGACUGCCUUUACAGACUUUAAAGAUGUUUGGCUCUUCCCGUGGAGGUGUGCGAGGUGGACAAGACCAAUUCAACUGGGAAGAUGUGAAGACUGAUAAACAGAGGGAGAACUACUUGGGAAAUUCCCUGAUGGCUCCAGUGGGCAGGUGGCAGAAGGGCCGUGACCUCACCUGGUAUGCCAAAGGCAAGAAAGGCGAUGUGGCCCUGAGCCGAGAAGAGGAGCUAGCUGCAGUGCGCCAGGCUGAGCAAGAAGCCCUCCUGGCUGCGUUAGGCUACAAGAAUGUGAGGAAGCAGCCCACAGGACUGAGCAAAGAGGACUUUGUGGAAAUCUGCAAGCGGGAAGGGACUGAUCGUGAGGAGAAGGACGUGGACCAGCUGUCAGGCCUGGGGAGUUCCAGUGGCUCGGCCGGCCGCGUGAUGCUCUCCAAAGAAGACAAAGAAGCUGCCAAGCUGGGGCUGUCUGUGUUUACGCAUCACAAGGUGGAGAGCAGUGCCGCAGCCAUGCCAGCAGCCCCGUCAGUGGCCAAGCGGAAAGCAGACACCAGCAAAUCUGAGAGCCACAAAAAAGUCAAGAAGGAGAAGAAGAAGAAGAAAAAGAAGAAGCACAAGAAAGAAAAGAAGAAAGAGAAACAUUCUAAGAGGCGUUCCACCUCGUCAUCAUUGUCCCCCUCCCCGCACAGGCACAGAACCAGUCAGCACCAUGCCUCCCCCUCCCCUUCCUCCCGGGCCCAGACAUCCAGGAGCAGGCACAGCACAGACUCUUGGCCCAGGAGAAAGAGUGGUAGCCCCGAGGCCCAGGCCCGGCACAAGCGGCAGCGCCAUGACUCUGAUGACUGAUCCUUGGCCCUGGAAAGCAGAUGGUACCGGCAAGGACCCCUCCCUUCCCCCAGUCCUAGAGUUCUGUGAGCUUAUCCCUUUGGGCUGAACGGCCAAAACCUUCCACCCAUCCCUGGGGGAGCCCAAGCUUGCAGUGUCUCUGGGAGCCGGAGCUGAGAUACUGGGUCCCUCCCUCAGCGACACUGAUGUGUCCAUAAGAGGUGCUACCUCCUCCUGUGCCCCAGCCUCCCCUCCUCGCCCAGGCCAGUCCUCCCAAUAAAGCUUCUGCCCGUGUCCCUGCUUCUCAGGGAGUUUUAUGGCCCCAGUGGAGAAUGAGCAGAGGUUGGGCCUGGGGGCCUUCCUCCCAAAUCUGUCCCCAAGAGGGCAAGUUUAGCACAUUCCUUGUUUAGCAAAAAAGACCCUGGCCUGGGAGGCAGGAAACCUGACUUCUGACCCUGAAAACUGUUUGAACGUGGAUGAGCCAUCUCCCUUCCCUUGGAUUUUGUUUCUUCACCAAUUACAAUUCUUUUUACUCCCAACCUCAUGGUUGUAGGAGCAAAGAAAGUGCCUUAUAAAUGUGGAAGGGCUGUAGAGAGUUGAGCUGGGACAAGUCACUGACCCUGCAGUGGUCACUGUUUGCUUACUUAGGCAAACGAGGACAUUCUAGGAUUUGAGGCGACGUGGUGAUUUUUGUGGCUGUGAUUUUAUUAACAUUUCAUGUUUUUAGCUCUUCCAGCUUGGACAUCUGGGAUUCCCGAUUUCUACUGAAAUACUGAAGAUGAGGGACUAGUGUUUUAAUCAUUGCUAGAAUUUAUCAAUCCAAAUGAGUAUUGUUUCCCGUGUGACUGCUUCUUUCAAGAAGGCAGUAGUUGCUCAGGUCUCGUUUAGGAUGUUGGGAAUCUGGCUUUCAACACUUGCUUAUAGCAGGUAAAUAAUGGCUUCCAUUGCGACAAUUUCCACCCCAUGGCACUGGGGCUACUGUUGUCCCCAUUUUACACGAGGUUCCAGACUUAACACACAACCUCUUCUCUGUGAUCUCAGUCCAUAUUUGAUCCUAGAUCCUCAUUAGAUCUUCACCCUUAAGAGGUGGAUUUGAGCUUUUAUAAAGAAUGAAAUGAAAACAUCAGCAAGCAGCAGAUGUGGGGACCAAACAUGGGGGCAGGGAGACUGCCCGUGUGCCCCAGCUUUAGCAUGUUAGGAGAAGCUGUCUCAGUCCCCAACCCCAGGGCCCAGCUAGGCUGGGAGCAGCUGGAGAUACACCAACUGGGUGUGUUGUAAAGGUCUGCAGGGCUAGGAACUCCCAGGUUGAGGUGGUUUUCAGAGAACUUCUGGAAUCAAGGCCACUGGUGGAAAAGGAGGAGCCCAUAGAAGUAGGCCAGGUGAGACAACACCUCAGUAGGAUUGGACCUGCAGGAGUCACUGGAUCCAAGGGUUCUGAAUCUUUUGUGGGUCAUCUGAUGAGGAAUGUUUCAUUUCUAAUAAUAAUCAUUAAUCCCAUAAUAAUGGCUUUAAAAAAAAAUCAUCAUUGAAGGAAACAUUCAAUAUCAGUUAAAUGAGUUGAUAAAAAUAAGGAUAAUUUUUUUUCUUCAUCCAAAUUCAUGGGCCCCAGGUUAAGAACUCCUUUUAGAAAGGUCUGAACAAGGGAGGUAGCAGCCCCUUGUGUCUUUGUUGCCCAUGGAGGUCCUGAGAACCAUGGGAAAAGCUUAGUGGAGAGGAGGAGGAUUUCAGGUAUCUGGAAAUAGAAUAGGAGAAGCCAGAAUGAAGUCACUGGAAGGAAGGAUGCAGGGAAGAUUGUUAGAGAACUUCUUUCUGCUCCAACCUUUUGUUUGGCUGAGUAGGAAAGUGAAGUCCAAAGAGAUUGUUCAGGGGCUUAGAAUAGAUUUGGGCUCCAAGUCCUGUACCUUGUGUUCCCUGAUGCUCUCCUUCAGGAGAGAGGGGCCCUUAGUUAUGACUGGUGACAAGACUUGUUCCUGAUCCAUCUUGGUGCACCUCUGUCAGGAAGCGGGCGGGACAAGCACUCUCUGAUCUGCAGAAGAGGUGGGCUCGGCCAGAAGGGCUUGGACGGGCCUGAGCACCCAGGGACCCUGUGCCGCCCCUUCCCACCCCACCGCUCUCCCUUCUGUCCUGAGUGUGGUGAUCUGCCCCUAACACCCUCUGUGUGCUAGGAGCCAGCAGAUGUCAAGGAGGGAAGGACCCGUGUUCCACUCCAGCUUCUGGUUUCCCCUUCUGCCCCCAUGUUAAGUAUUUUACCUCCAAUUAAGCGAUUGCUGGCCCCUGACUUCUGCUUCUUCAAAGCCCAGAUUUGUCCUGAGUGGCAGUCCAGACUCCCCCAGCUCUGCUAGAUCUUACUGCCUUGUGGUCUUGGGCCAGGGGUGUUACUUGUGGAACCUCGGUGCCUUCAUCUGUAAAAUGAGGAACCCACUAGAGCACCCUUCUGGCUCUGUGCAAUCUGUCUAGGUGUCCUGCUGGCCCCCCCAAACCUCAUGGGCCGCUCUUCCAGGGCACCCCCCCAGCUUUCAUCCCUCUCCAGCACUCUCAUGGCCACUACCAGUGGUUCAGGCCCUUGUCACUUCUUGCCUGGACCGCCAGAAUAGCUUCUUGAGUGGCUUCCACAUUCCAUCUCUCCCAUCUCUUGUCUGUUACGCAGAGGCCUCAGGGCAGGUCAAUCUACCAUAUUCUUACUCAGCAGCUUUCAGGGGGUCCCUCCCACCUGUAGGAUAAUAUUCAAUAUGAAUUUCAUGGCCCAGUAAUUUAAGGUUCUUCAUAUUGGGCUUUCCAAUUGCUUUCAAGCAUCUUCUGUUAUACCAUUCCCAGAUGGAUCAUGGGCUUGCUCUCAGAACAUUAAUGGGAGCUAUCUGCCCAUACCAUGUCUGGUUCUUAACUACUGUUCACGUGUGUCCAGAUUUGGCUCAGGUGUCACCUUAGGGGAGCUGUCAUUAGGUAUCAUUGCUAACCCUUGUGAUGGUUCCUGGGCCUCUCUCCUCCGCUCCCAUCUCCCUAUCCACAACCCCUCACUUUUGCUCCAAGACCCAGCUGCUUUCUGAAGUUCCCUGUGACCAGAAGGCACAGCCAUCCAGUUACCUGGACUCAGCCCCUAUCAUCUGCACAGCCUCACUUGUAUACCUUCAGUCUUGUGCCAGAUCUAGUUGGGCCACAUCUCUCCCUUCUCUUACCUUCUAUGAUGUAUCCUCACCACCUUGUGUCUGAAGUACAAUGGCUGCCGGUGGGUCUAAUCUUUAUCUUUUUGCUGAGCUGUCUAGUUGACUGGUGGGAGGGGGAAAGGAGGUAUAGUUGACUGGUGGGAGGGGGAAAGGAGGUAAUCAGGGUUAAGUGAUUAACUCAGGGUCACAUAGCUAUUAAAUUUGUCUGAGGCUGGAUUUGAACUCGGGUCCUCCUGAUUCCAGGGCCAGUACUCUCCACUGCACCACUUGGCUGCCCCCAGAUUGUUUUCUCAAGCAUAGAUGAUUAUUGUCCCUAUACUCAGUCAACUCUAGCAGACUCCCUAUUACCUCUAGUAGCCAAUAGAACAUCCACAGGCCCUAAAGCCCCUCGCAACUUGGCCCAUUCCUUUGUGCCCAGCCUUCUGCCACAUCCUCGCUUCCAUGGACCGUAAGAUCCAGGGAUCUCGGCUUUCUUGCGCUUUGUCCCAUCUGGUCAGCCCCAUCUCUCUAGGAAGAAGCCUUUUCCAGUGCCCCCCAAUCAGUGCCUUCAGUCUAGGACGACUUUCCCUUUACACUGUUAUCAUGCAUGCUGACUCUCUUUGUACAGUGUGAGCUCUUUGAGGGCAGGGAUCAUGCUUUGCCUUUCCUUACAACCCUUCUGCUCAACACACUAGCACAUAGUAAGUGCUUAAUAAAUACUUGACUCAAACUGUUGUUGCUCACUCAUUUUUCCCAGAGCCCCUGAUCUUUCCCUCGGCUCGGGCAUUCUGUUUUUCUCAGGGUAUUCUUUGUAGUGUUAUGUGCCUUUUGCGGUUCACUGUGUGACUCUGGAUCUCUAGCGCUGGCCUUUACACCCAGCUGGGCAUUUGGCCGGGGAUGGAGCCUGCCUGCACUUCCCUUCCUUCCCAGUAGAGGGCACUAGGCCCCAGGCCAGCUGUGACUACAGGCUGCCAGUUGGUGCGGAGGGGAGAGUUCAGAUCCUGAUUCCUACCUAUUAGCUGUGUGAACCUCCACCCAAGUGGGGGCCACAGCUGUAAAAGGACCUCUCAGAGCUGUGAGAUGGCAGUGCUCCGCCGACAUAACCACACGCAAACACGGCACAUCAAAGUGCUCAAUGCAUGCAUGUUCACUCGUCACGGCAACCUCAUUGAUGCUGAGGGCCCCUAAGGCCACACAGUCGGCUUGGGGGCCAGGACAUGAACACAAGGCUCUUGACCAGUGUAUUAAUGGGCUCACAUACAUGCGCACCUUUUCAAGAUGGCUCAGGUUUCAAUUUAGCAAGAGAUAAGAACUGAACCACAGAAUCCAGGAACAUCAGAUGGAACGAAUAACCAAUUAUACACGUUGGUUAGAAUAUAGACAAGAAAUAGUGUAAUGGGUGAUGCUUGGAAGUUAAGUUGGAGGGAUUAGAGACCUGGUCCCCGAAUUGGAGCUUGAGCCUGGGUUCUUCCUAGGACCCAGGAAUUUGAGUGAUGAUCCUUAAUGGCUAAAGGGGCUGGGCCCACCCAGGGCUUCUUGGCGGGAACUUCCUUGGCUGCUGGUUUUUGGGUUUAUUGGGCAUGUGUGGAAAGGACCCAGCUGUCCAAGUCCCAAGACCUGGGGGCUUUAGCUCUGGCCUGCUAGCUAGUGACUUCCUAUGUGACUUUGGGCUUUAUGCCUCCUGCAUGAAAUAAAUGCUCUCCAAAGUUCCAGCUCUAAGUUCCCUAUUGUUAUGGAAAUAGGAUGGAAGCAUGGUUGAUCCCUCAGAACAGGCUGCUCCUGGAUCAACAAGCCAGGCUUUUCCCCUCUCAAUCAAAAAGCAUGUAGUUAGUACCCAUGUAUAUAGUGUGCUAAGCACUCUGUUUAAACCCAAGGCACAAAAGAAACAAUCCCUGCCCUUAAAGAACUCACAUUGUAUUGGAGAGUAUGACCAUUCACAAGUCACUAUACACA